CUAAGCAGAGGUCUGCACAGCUCAGAGCUCAAAAUGCCCGUGUUACUAAGGCUGCUACUGCUCCUGCUAUAAGUGGAAAGUGCUCGACCAGGACAGAACAUGUUCAACAACAGACACAGCACCUUUAGUAAAAGAGGAACAAUAUGGGGAUUCUAUAUCCUCUUGCUCUGCACCACCCCCCCUUCCUGUUUUGCAAAUUUCAGCCAAGCAAAACAGCUCAUCUAUAAAAUAAAGGAGGGAUUACCAAAGGGGACUUUCAUAGGGGCUAUCGGAGUGGACUUACAUCUGGAUUUUGCAGUUGAGCCCCCUUUUUUAUUCAAUCUCCCAGAAAAGAAGGUCAGUGACCAGUACGUGGACCUAAGUAACACCACUGGGGAGCUUUACACAUCUGCUACAGAGAUUGACAGGGAGACCCUCUGUCCUGAAAACCCGGACCCACAGCUGUGUGUCCUCUCUCUGGAUGUGUUCAUAUUACCUCAGCAAUACUUUCAGCUUGUCAAAGUUAAGAUUUUCAUCGAGGAUGUGAACGACAACAGGCCGAGGUUCCCCACGGAUGAGAUCUGUAUGUUUGUCCCCGAAAAUACACCAGUCAACGCUCGUUAUGUGGUGGAACAGUCUGCGGUGGACCCAGACGUGGGUCUCAAUGGAGUCCAGACUUACUGGCUUGUUAACGACUUUGGGAUGUUCACACUGGAUGUCGAGGAGAAUGAAGGAGGUGAGCUGACACCCUAUCUCAUUGUGAUAGAGUCUUUGGACAGAGAGGUUCAGGAUGAAUAUAUUACAGAUAUCAUUGCAGAGGAUGGAGGGACCCCUCCACUACUUGGAGCAGCUACUUUAAAAAUUGUUAUCACAGACGUGAAUGAUAACUGCCCUCAGUUCAGAGAGACCCAAAUUAAUGUCACCGUUCAUGGGAACACCACCAAAGGGGCACAUUUGGCACGUCUGUAUGCCUUUGACCCUGACCUUGGUGAUAAUGCUCAGAUCAGCUAUACUUACAGUGAACGUGUGCCAAAGGACAUCAGGAGCUUGUUCCAUUUGGACAAAAUCACAGGGGUUAUCAAACUAGCAAGGAAAAUAGACUCAAGCACAGCCACAUUUUACAAACUCACUGUUCGGGCCAAUGGACCUGGUUGUAUCCCUGUAGUUGCUACUGUGAUGGUCCAUAUCAUUAAAGUGGUGACCGGACCCCCUGCUGUCAUACCCCGGUACAUUGCGGUAGAAAAAGAUGGCAUUCUAACAAUAAAAGAGUCAGAACCUGCUUUCUCUCCGAUAGCUUUCUUUACCAUAAAAAACACUGAUGCAAACCAAAGGGUGGACUGUUAUCUGGAAGGCUUUGGUCCCUUUAGGCUUGUCCCCUACCAACUGUUCCAGAAUGAAUACCUUCUGGAAACUACCGAACCCUUGGACUAUGAGAAGACACAGGAUUAUGAUUUAAUUGUGAUAGCCAAUAGUACUGGAGGCCCAGUCAUGAAGACAUUCCUUAAAGUGCAGGUUUUGGAUGAGAAUGACAACGCACCUGUGUUUCAGCAGUCUUUGGUGGAAAUCUCGAUUGAGGAAAACAAUCCCCCAAAUACCUUCUUAACCCAGCUCACAGCCUCUGACCCGGACAGCGAAAGUCGAGGGGAAGUCAUAUACCUGCUCGGAGGUGAUGCCCCUGGGAUUUUUGUUGUGGAUCGUGAAACGGGAGUCCUGAUGGUGGCCACAUCGCUUGACCGUGAGGAAAAAGAGAGAUACCGGUUCAUAGUGAGAGCUGUAGAUCAGGGGACACCGAGGAGGGAGUCGAUUGCCACAGUGGUGGUGACUGUGCAGGAUCGCAACGACAACAGUCCACGUUUCAUCAAUAAGGACUUCACGUUUUUUGUGCCUGAGAACUUUCCGGGUUAUGGUGAGAUCGGCGUCCUCUCUGUGACCGAUGCUGACGCUGGAGAGAAUGGAUGGGUGGCUCUGUCCAUCCUCAACGGCAGCGACAUCUUUAUGAUCGACACUGGCCGAGGGGCGUUGAGGGCAAAGACAUCGCUGGACCGUGAGCAACAAGGGACGUACCAACUGUGGAUUGAGGCGGUAGAUGGUGGGGAGCCUGCACUCACCUCUGUUACUAUGGUGACUGUGCUGUUGUUGGAUGUAAAUGAUAACCCACCGAUCGUCCUCUUCCCGCAGUCAAAUCAGUCUUACAUGCUUGUGCUACCCAACACAACCCCAGGAACAUCAAUCACAGAGGUGUAUGCUGUGGAUAAAGAUGCAGGCAUGAAUGCUGUGAUUGCUUAUAGCAUCAUUAAAAGGAAAGGUGAUGAGCCGGGGUCAUUUGCCAUUGACCCUGAAACAGGAAAUAUCACAUUGAAGAGGGAGCUCAGCAACAGGGGGCUCUACAGCCUUCUGGUGAAGGUCAGUGAUCACGGCCAACCUGAACCGCUGUAUUCAACAGUCAUGGUUAACUUCUUUGUCAAUGAAACGGUGAGUAACGAGAGUUACAUCCAGAGCCUCCUGACUAGAGAGGCUGACAUUGAAGUGGAGGAGAAGCCCUGGUACAUUGGCCAGAUGACGGAUGGGCCCGAGAAGUAUGAGCUGUUCCCCUGUCGGCCUGUCCUCAGUGCUCUGUCAGUGACAUGUCUAGGGCUGUUCUCUCUUGUUGUCACACUGACAUCGUACCUGUGCUGCAAGAGGUUUAAAAGGAUCAGAAAGAAAAGAUCAGAAGUGGAAAUACCUUUGAAAAUAAAGACUGACCAAGCACAGACUUUGAACAGGAAGCUCAGGCAGAUCUCAAAUAUCUGAUUAUUCAGCUGUCCAUAAAUCCUUCCAAAAAAUGUUUACAUGAAUGUUUACAAAUCUCAUUGUAAGAUUUGCAGCUCUUACACAAAGUUUUUUUUUUUUGCUUUGGGUAUGUGGGGUCAUCACAGCAAACCACACCAGAUUUGAUCAUUUGGAUCUCUGCUUCCGUCAUGACAAGGGGUUCUCAGAUAUAUUUCGUAGUUCAUUUUUCAUAAUAUUUAUGAAUAAUGAAACUAAAUUACUAAAAUCUGUGCCAGAAAUGUACUGAAACAGAGACAUAAUAUAAAUACUACAAGGCAUAACAAGCAGCUAAUUGAUUAUUAUGAAAUCUCUAUGUAAAUAUUGUACAAAAUAUAUCUUAUUAAUGAUAAUAAUAAUAAUAAUA